AUGCCUCAUAGAGAUGCUAUCCCAUCCAAUAGCUAUAGAAGUGGCCAUACCGACCAGGCUGUGGUGAUCGAUGACUCCAUUGCCAUCCGCCCCAACGACCCUCAUGCAGUCUCGGAUUUGCUUAAACAAAUUGUUAUCCAGGGCUUUUCGUUCAAUGCCGACGCCGGGGCAGCCUCGCCCACUCGUAUAAGUCUUCUGGAUGCUGCUCGUUCGUUGGUUUACGCACUUGAAACGCCCCGAGAGGCUAUGAUCAGGCACUGUUGGUCAGAGAGCACGGCGUAUGCAGCUAUCGAGACCAGUAUCGGUCUCGGUCUCUUCAAAGCCCUAGCUCAGAGGGAGCAGUCCAUGUCUGCAACUGAGCUAGCGCAUGCAACGGGUGCCGAGCCAGUGUUUUUGGCACGGAUCCUCAAGCACUUGGCCGCUAUGGGUGUCAUCAAGGAGACCGGGGCCGACGAGUAUUGCAGCACAGGAUUCUCUAAGACGAUGUCCAUAGAACGAUUUAGUGAUGCUUAUCCGUGCAUAACUGGAUGCAUCGCUGCUGGGUGUCUCGCCCUCCCUGAAUACUUGAGGAAGAACGGUUAUCGCAACCCCAGUGAUGGACAUGACACCCCAUUCCAGCUUGGCUUCAGGACGGACCAACACUUUUUCGAGUACUUGCAAGCAAAUCCCGUCAUCGCAGGCCAAUUCAGCAACCAUAUGUCGGCUUACCGCCAGGGUCGACCCAGUUGGAUGGAUAUUGGCUUCUACCCGGUUAAAGAACGCCUGCUUGGAGAAUCUAAGUUCGGAUCUGACGACAUCUUGCUUGUUGAUGUCGGUGGGAGUCUGGGGCACGAUCUGUCCGAAUUCCGACAGAAGUGGCCCCAGGUCCCCGGCCGCUUGAUCUUACAAGACCUCCCUGCUGUUACAGAAGGGGCGAAAGGGCUUGACACCACCAUCGAGGUCAUGGCUCACGAUUUCUUCACCGAACAACCCGUCAAAGGUGCCCGGGCAUACUACAUGCACUCCGUUCUGCAUGACUGGACCGAUGACAACUGCCGUAAGAUCCUGACCAACCUGAAGAACGCAAUGAAGCCCGGAUACAGCAAGAUCCUGAUCAACGAGAAUGUUAUCCCGGAUACAAAUGCCUAUUGGGAGACCACCAGCCUGGACAUCCUCAUGAUGAGCAACUUUGCCUCUCAGGAACGGACCGCGCGCCAGUGGCACGCUUUGGUGGAGUCGGUGGGCCUCAAGGUUGUCCAGAUUUACACCGUGCAACGCGGCGUCGAGAGUCUGAUCGAGUGCGAGCUGGCAUAG